AUUGCUUAGGCAUUUUGGCUGUUCAAUUAAUGAAUUAUCCGCAGAUAUUCCUACCGCCCACCCAAGUUUUUGUAUAAAACAACACCUCCUUUCACCAAACCAAUCUCCAUAGUCUCCAAAACCAUCAGAACUGUCCAAUCAGCGAACGUCGGAGAUGGAGGUCGUCGCACCAUUGGCUAGAUCGCCGGACUUCCACUUCAACAACACAAUCUUCUCUGCUCACACAAGCGCUCCGUCGAGCCCGUUCCCGUUCGGCGACCAAUUCAACUACCGAUAUCACUACACCAGCGCGCCAGGCAGCCCAGCCCAAGCCGCGGCCAUCUACUCCCAGUGCAGCCCUUGCAGCCGUAACGAUAACGGUGGCGAUAUGUUCGAAUUCGCUUUUUCUCCGAGCAACUACCGUCAUCGCCUGUCACCGGAGAUAACAACGGCCGAUAAGCUCUUUGAGAAGGGCAGAAUCCGGCCGCUGCAAGAAAGAGGCCGGAGUUUGUUGGCCCCAAAUUCCCUGAGUAACGGGCGAAGGAAAUCAAGAUCGCUUUCUCCUUUAAGAAACGAAGGACUCCUCGCGAAAGAUAGAAGCCCAUCGGCCAAUCCCGUGAAGUGUGGGUUAAGCAGGAAGUGGCCCAGACUGAAGGAUUUGCUUCUGUUUAGGAGCGCGUCGGAAGGGCGAGCUACUGGAAGAGGAAGCAAAGAUCCUCUGCAGAAGUAUACUGUUUUGCCCUCUGCUUCUUUGUUGAAUAAUAAGAGAGCAGGAGAGGAAAAGAAGACGGGAGGCGGUGAGACGGUUAGAAGAGGAAGUCGGCCGCCGGUAUCGGCACAUGAGAAGCAUUACACGGCGAAUCGGGCGGCGGCGGAGGAGCGGAAGAGAAAAACGCCUCUGCCUUUUCAGAGGCAUGGGUUGCUUAGUUUCGUCGACCUCAGCCCCGCCAUUCGAGGCAAGAAUAAGGUGUCCGGCGAUUCCUCUUUGCCGAAACGGAGAUUCUGAGUGGUUUAAAAAAAAAACAGGAUAUCUAAUCAUGACGAUUAUCAGAUUAUUAGAUUUCUUUUCAGAUGAAUAUAAUAUUAAAAAUUUUAUAUUA